CGGCGUCCCGCGGACAUGACCGUGUAGCCUCCUCCUGGGCUGGGAUUUGCCUGCAAGCUUUCUUCAUGGAAGCGAUGUCCCCCCAGCAGGAGACUCUAGGGGGGCAGCCGGGGCGCUCCUCCUCCCUGACAGGAGUGCCUCGGAUCGCUGGAGGCCCCGGCACCAAGAAGAAAAUGAAAACACUAGCAGAAAGGAGGAGGAGUGCUCCGUCUCUUAUCCUGGAUAAAGCCCUACAAAAACGGCCUAGUGCCAAGGAAAGUCCUUCUGCUAGCGUGGACACAUGUGCAUUUCUGUCAUCAUUUGUGUGCUCCGAUAGGACUCUGCUAAUUGAUGGCAGGGUAGAACUUAAAAGAGGCCUGCAGAGGCAGGAGCGGCAUCUUUUCCUGUUCAAUGAUCUGUUUGUUGUGGCCAAAAUCAAAUAUAACAACAACCUUAAGAUAAAAAAUAAAAUUAAAUUAAGUGACAUGUGGACAGCAAGCUGUGUGGAUGAAGUGGGAGAAGGCAACACCAAUGCUAUGAAAUCCUUUGUCUUGGGCUGGCCCACAGUGAACUUUGUGGCCACUUUCAGUUCUCCAGAACAAAAGGACAAAUGGCUCUCUCUCCUUCAGAGAUACAUCAAUCUAGAGAAAGAGAAGGACUACCCGAAGAGCAUUCCCCUCAAAAUCUUCGCCAAGGACAUUGGGAAUUGUGCCUAUUCUAAGACUAUAACAGUAACGAAUUCAGAUACAGCGAAUGAAGUUAUCAACAUGUCACUACCAAUGCUAGGGAUAAGUGGCUCUGAGAGAGAUUACCAAUUAUGGGUCAAUUCUGGCAAAGAGGAGGCACCAUACCCACUUAUUGGCCAUGAAUAUCCCUAUGGAAUUAAAAUGAGCCAUCUUCGAGACACUGCGCUCCUGACGCAGGGAUCAAAGGACUCCACCACCCCUUCCAGCCUCCAAGAGCCCUUCCUCAUGGAACAGCUGCCCCGAGAGAUGCAGUGCCAAUUCAUCCUAAAGCCUAGCCGCCUAGCUGCGGUCCACCAACUGAGUGAUUCAGGUCAGAAGACAUUUAAAAGGAGAAGAUCUAUCAUAAACUGGGCCUUUUGGCGGGGUUCUAGCAUUCACUUGGAUAACUUGCCUAUGUCACCGACAUCUCCUAUGCCAGGACAGCUCUUUGGAGUUUCCCUGCCACAUAUUUGUGAGAACGACAACCUGCCCAAACCUGUCUUGGAUAUACUUUUCUUUCUCAAUCAGAAAGGACCCCUCACAAAAGGCAUCUUCAGACAAUCAGCCAAUGUGAAAUCCUGCAGAGAGCUGAAAGAGAAACUUAAUUCUGGAGUUGAAGUACACCUAGACUGUGAAUCUAUUUUUGUGAUAGCGUCUGUCUUAAAGGAUUUUCUACGAAGUAUUCCAGGAAGUAUUUUUUCAUCAGAUCUCUAUGAUCAUUGGGUCUGUGUAAUGGAUCAAGGAAAUGAUGAAGAGAAAAUAAAUACAAUUCAAAGGCUAUUAGACCAGCUUCCGAGAGCCAAUGUUGUUCUCCUAAGGUAUCUUUUUGGGGUAUUACACAACAUUGAGCAGCAGUCUUCAUUCAAUCAGAUGACUGCAUUUAAUUUAGCGGUGUGUAUCGCUCCGAGCAUUCUUUGGCCGCCUACUUCCUCCAGCCCAGAACUAGAAAACGAAUUUACAAAAAAGGUUUCUCUGCUUAUACAAUUUCUGAUUGAAAAUUGCUGUAGGAUAUUUGGCGAAGAAAUCACUUCCCUCUUGGGAGAGGUUUCAGUAAGAUGUGAUACUAGAGAGAAUGCCUCAGAUAUCUCUUGCUUCCAACUGAAUGACUCCUCCUAUGACAGCUUGGAAAAUGAGCUAAAUGAGGAUGUUGAUGCUCCGUGUAGUGACUUGGUAAAGAAACUUGGUCAAGGCAGCAGAAGCAUGGACUCUGUGUUAACCCUCAGUGACUAUGACCUUGACCAGCCUGAGGUAGAAGGCCUUUUAACCCUGAGCGACUUUGAUUUAGACCAUUCUAAAGAUGAAGACGUUCAAAUGGAACGGGCUCCUGAAUCCAAGCCGGUGAACAUCACAGUAGUGUACCGUGGUCCCACAAAGGUCCCACUGCGGGAUCAUGCCAGGCCCCCCUCUGGCCUGAGCACACCCAGCUGCCUGUCCACAGCUGCAACAGAUGCUCCAAAAAGCCUGAGGCGACACCGGCGCUGCUCGGAGCCCAGCAUCGACUACCUAGACUCAAAGCUUUCCUAUCUCAGGGAGUUUUAUCAGAAAAAGCUACGGAAGUCCAGCUGUGAUGCAGUUCUCUCACAAAAAGAUGAGAACUAUCUGAAGCAGAAUCAACCCCUCCAGGAAGAGGGUAAGACGUGUUUUAUAAAGAGUUUAGUCGCAGGCACUGAUAUCAAGAAAAAUGCCACUAAUAAAAAUGUUAAGAAGAAAAGCUUGUCUGGUAAAGAAGGAAAUCAUGUGAAACUUUUCCCUAAAUCCAAGCCAGUGGCCAUUACUGUGGCAUCUUGUAGUCACAUAUCCUCACAUGAUCACCCCAGGAACCAGCCCUUUGACACAGAUCCAUCUGGCUACUCGCCGCCACACACGGCAGAUGCCCUCAAGAGUUCAAGGAGGCACCGGCGCUGCUCAGAGCCCGGCAUAGAUGACCAGCACUGCAAACUGACCUAUCUCAGGGGGAUUUAUUCAAAGAAACAGCAUAAAACCGGCUAUGAAGCCAGUCUCCUGCAUGGAGAGGAAGAUUAUCUCAAGCGGCACAAGUCUUUGCAAAUGGAGGGGCAAAAGCUUAUUAAUCAGAGUCUGGUCAUGGGGAUCGAGGUGGGCAAGAGUAGUGCCACAAACCAAAACACUGAGAAGGUUUUACCCCCAAGAUUAAACAUCUGCCCAAGGACUAGCUAUUCUAGCUUGUCCUCCCCGGGCACUUCCCCAUCUGGCUCAUCAGUGAGCUCCCAGGACAGUGCUUUUUCUCAGAUUUCUGAACACUCUGUGUUUACACCCACUGAAACUUCCUCUCCAAUAGAUUGCACUUUUCAAGCUCAAAGAAAACAGGAAGAGCUUUCUUCUGACUUGAGCAAUUCCAGCCUCAUUUCUGGAAUGCCUGGUCCUUCAUCAGAACAGGCCAGCAGCCACCUGGCUUAUACAAAAAAGGACAGUGUCGAGUGGCAUUCACAAAUGCAUUCUAUAACUCUUCACCCCAGCACAUGGUUGAGAAAUGGUGUGGCCAGUUUGAAAAACUGGUCCCUUAAAAAGAAGGCAAGGGCAUCCAGAUCAGAGGAAAAGAAAAUAGGUUCUCUGAAAGGACCCACGGAGCCACCUCCACAUGCUUCUGGUGUUCCAGAAGCCAACUCACUGCAAGAGAGACAAAAAGAUGUGCCUCUAAGGGCAACUAAAGGACUUGGAGCUGUGCAAACAGCCCAGUGGUAUAAUUCUUAUCCCAGCCAGGACUCAGAGAAACACUGUAGCUCUACAUUCAGCCUAGUGGAAGACAGACUCAAGCUUUGUACGAAGUCACACGAGGAAGGAGAGAUUAGUGAGCAGUGCUCUCCUGGUACUCGGCCUUGUGAAAGAUCCUCGUCCAGCUCUUUGACUGUGGAUGAUGUGUCCAGCCCAGAUUCAGGGCCUAUGAUGGUUUGUGAUGUAGGGGACAGACAUUUAACCAAAGACAUUUAACCACAAUAAGAAUUUGAUGUCUACAAGAACAAGAACUGGGCAAAUAAUGACAUAAAGACAAUAAUUAUUAUGACCCCUUUGUAUAAAAUACUUGGGAUGGGUAGCAUAAGGAUAAUCAUCGCUAAUACUUAGGACAACAAAAGAGCUCUCUUUAUUGAGACUAUUUGACAAAAAGUUUAGACUAAAAAAUUUUGUCACCUAAGUGUUUGGGAGGCUUUUCCUUAGUAGAGCAUGGGACUAGAGAUACUAGCAGAGGUCUAGAGGAAACAUCUUCUGUAGUGGAAACGUGCAUUAUGUGAGAUUAGUAUCCUGAGAAGGCCAUGAUGUCUUAAGUAAGGAACAAGGACUGUGGCAAGAGGGGAAGGAUGCAGAGAAACCAUCCACAUUCCAUGGAAUGUUUUUAAUAAGUAGGCAGGAAAAAUGCCCCUAAUCAAAGCAUCAAGUAGAAAAGCAGGUCCGGUAAUGAAGGAAAUCAUGUGAAACAUUUCCCUGAAUCCCAGCCGGUGGCCGUUUCUGUGAAGUCUUACGGUCACAUGCCCUCACAGGAUCGUUCCAGGAACCAACCCAUUGAUGCUGCUAGACUGGAGAAAAUGAGGGUGACUCAAGAGCCAUGGGUACCAUGAUAUUAUAGUUUCUUUGUUGGUUAUGUUGGCUGAUUUGUUUCUCCAUCAGUGUUGCAUUUUUCUGCAAAGGCUCCAGGAAACAGACCUGUGAGGAGAAAGAAGGAAAUGGUUGCUCAUUUCAGUGUCCUU